AUGUUCAGAAAGUCACCAACGAAAUCCGAUAUUCUUCAAAAUUACAUAAAAAUGGAGCUUGGUAAAGAAUACGCACUGAUAUUAGACUGCAAGACGCGCUGGAGUACUCUUUGCAAUAUGAUUGGUAGGUUUAUUAAAGUGAAAAGAGCAGUCUUAAAAGCACUCAUUGAUGUAAAAUGUGAUAUCCAGAUUAAUGAAGUGGAGUGGUCUAUUCUCGAAGACAUUUAUGAGAAUCUCGAUGUAAUGAAAGUUACUGUUGAAGCUGUUUGUCGCGAAGAUGCUACUCUGCUUAGUGCUGAUGCUGCCAUGAUUUUUGCACUUAAAAAACUUGAAACUCGUAACACGUUGCUUAGUAAGGAGCUUCAUGCAAGUCUGAGCAAAAGGAUCAAACAAAGGCGGCUACCAGUUGCAAGUCUAAUGCAAUACCUUCACAACCCAGCAACAUAUUUUGAAGAAAAUGAAUAUGACGCAGAUGUUUAUCCGCGCUUGCCUAACGAUUGUCUGCAAGAGAUGGUAUUGGGGCUUCUAAAAUACGAUUCGGCCGCACAAUCUUUUACUUGCAACGAUGUCAAUGACUUACCUACUGAUGAUUCGCAGAAUGAAGUCGGCAGCAAUUCCUCAUUAUCAAAUAAAGAAUUAAUUAACCAACAAAUCAGCAAAAUUAUCUUUGAUGACACGAGAAGAGUUGGAAUUGGAAAUCUUUCAACGUCUAAAGAAGACUUAUUGACACUACUGAAGGUUGAAAUGCUGUUAUUUGAAAAUGGAGGUGAUCGAGGCCAAUUGCUGUCAAAAGCUUAUCGAUGGAUUCGUUCAAUUAAGCCAACAAGUGUAGAGAGUGAACGCGCUUUUUCUGCGGCUGGAAUAUUAUGUAAUAAACUGCGCACAAGCCUUAGCGACAAAACUAUAAAUUGCUUGUCGUUUCUUCGCACUUAUUUCCAACAACAAAAAAAUUGUAAAUAG